AUGUUGGGAUCAAAUCAAACCAGUUCAGCAGUCAAAGAGUUCAUCAUUACUGGAUUCCUGGGUUUCAGAGACCAAGAAAGUAGAAGAUAUUUGUUUGGUGUCUUCCUCACAGUUUACCUCUUCAUUCUUGUUGGGAAUAUUCUCUUAAUUGUUAUUUUUCUAUCUGAUAGAACACUCCACACCCCUAUGUACAUAUUAGUCUGUGGUCUGGCUGUUCUUGACAUCGCCAUCACUACUAAUACUGUGCCCAGUAUGCUGGUCCUGUUCACAUUUGAGUACAGAGUCGUGCCGUUUGCUGCUUGUUUUACUCAGACGACGUUCUGGUUGGGUUUGUGUUCAACCGAAUGCUUUCUCCUUGCCCUAAUGGCCUAUGAUCGCUAUAUAGCCAUUUGCAACCCACUUCAUUAUCCUAAUUUAAUGUCCAACAGUCUCAUCACAAAACUGAUGGUAUGCUGUUGGGUGUUUGGCUUUCUGUGUGCCAUCGUUACUGUGGCUGUUCUUCUCAGGCUUUCAUUUUGUGGGUCUAAUCAAAUAAUUCACUGUUUUUGUGACUUUGGGUCUUUGAUGUUCUUAGCCUGUGGGGAUAUUCAAAUCACUAACUAUGUUGCUUUAGGCAUUGGUUUGAGUGUCCUGCUUAUUCCUAUGGCAUUUAUCCUUUUUUCAUACAUGCAGAUAAUAUUUUCGGUCAUCAAGAUUGCCAGCACGGAGGAGAGAACGAAAGCCUUCUACACGUGUGGCACACACAUGCUGGUCAUUUCUGUCUUUUUUUUGACGGAUGAACUGAAUGACUCAAAUGAGCUUGAGGUGAUUGAAGUUGAAGAUGAAGAAUCUGUAGAAGGUGGCUUUAUGUAG